AUGACGACCGCUGAACGACAGCGACCUCAUGUGCUUUUCCCUCUCCAAACGUUUCUAGAUAGUCAGACUGAAUACAUCGAUCGAUUUAUACCUGAAUUCAAGCAACUUGAAGAUUCCACCAUUAACAUUAACAACAUCAAACAGCUCGAUGAUCUCUUGAGCCACUUGGAACUGUCAUUCUUGCGAGAUACUGACGAUGGUUUGGAGUCCUUUUGCUAUAACUUGAGAAUUCCGUCCGUAAACAUUUUGAGGAUUCUAUUUACUUUGGCUUCUAGAUGUACAGCCAGUAACUCUACCCAUACAUCGGCAAUGAUCGAUGGCUUGGUAACUACAAACCAGCAAAUCAGAGCCUUUUACGAAGAAUACUCUCAGCGCAUACAUAAGACGCCUUUGCGAGAUCGUAGCGUAUUGUUGUUGAACAAGUACCUCCAGAUUGUUGUGAAGUCACUACAAGCAGCAGGUUCAAAUUCCUCCUUUGUCCAAUUGCCCUUGGCUUCUAUACUCUAUGAUCGAUUAACUGCGGUUUUGAAGGACUUUUUGGUUCGCGAGGCUGUUUCUCAUAAACGGAAACCUAGUCUGACGUCGCCAAUUUCUAUCAAGAGACAUAAUCAAAAAGAUCCCCAAUCGCCUGUUAAACAGUAUACAAUUGAUUCUUUCUUCCAGGUAUCCCCAAAGACAAUAAAAACGACACAAACUUCUUCAUCGCCUAAGAUAAUGGAAAAGAAUGAUGAUAGCGAAGUCAGUGAUUCGGAAGAGGAAGAAGAAUUGAAACUAUCUUCAAGUACGGCAGAAAUAGAAAAUGAAAUUAACAGGUUCCAAAGCUACAAUAUUUCUCCGACUAACAGGUUCAUGAACACUAUAUUUAAUGAUGUUCAAACCUCAGGUAUGAACAAUGCUGGUGCCUUGUUCCUGAGUUUUGACGAUAAUGGAGUUAAAUCCUACAAAAAGAAAAAAUCUCCUGGAGCAAGAGCAACAUUGAGAGCCUCCACUCCUCUUUCUGACCAAUGGCACAAUCUAAAAGUGUUUGAAGAAGAUAUUCUCAGUAAGAAACUUAAUCCUCGGGCCAACUCCCAUUUCAAUUUGUGGAAGCUUAUGAACUGGGCGUUUUUCUGUGCUGACCGGUCUUCAAAAUGUCAAACACUGUUGCACGAUUCUUCGUCUACAACCUACCAUUCCAUUUACAAUACAUAUCGAGAUCUAUUGGAGGUCAUUGUGGGAAUAUUGGAGAUCAAUUUCAUCGACUGCUUAAUACGUGGACCCGUUGGCGAACUAUUGGAAGGACAGGAUCCUUUGAAGUCCUUCUUUUCUAGCACUAGAAAGCAUAUAGUUCUCCAAGUACUAGAAGAGUCACCUUCCAUACUCUUGCUGCUGCUAAUGACCCAACUUGGCAAAUCACAAAGCGACUGGUGGGACAGAAUCGUGGAGUUUGUAUUCAAUGGAUUGGGUAUCAAGAGCCAAGAGCUUCCUGUUUCUUGCUAUGAAAGAGAAAAGGAUCUCAUCAGACACGACAAUAAGAAGGAAACUUUCAAUACUCCAUUCACAGAGGGAUUUUACGUGUAUUCUGAUAAUUACGACUCAAUGAGAAUUCGAUUCAGAAUAAUCUGUUUGACGUACUACUGGUCGUUGUUCUUUCUGGAAGGUCCUGAUGUGGAAGAGGAUCCCUAUCUCAAUUCCAACAUUUUAUUGAAAGAAUUGAGUCGAAAAUUCGUUGACGUCGACUUCAGAUAUCUUAUAGAAUUUUUCAGGGCUCUGGGUGAUGAUUCUAAUCAGAUUCCAAGAAAAUACCAGUAUUUGAUGUUGGGUCAAUUGGCCAAUACGAUGUUAUUGGAAUUGACAACAAUAUUGGAACCGGAUAGAUUCCGUAUACAAAGAAAAGUGUGGGAGGAUAAGAACGAUGAUGAUUCCUGGUGGCUCAUGGUUGUCGAAGAGCUCUUGGAAGUCAUCAAUGAUGAGAGAAUAUACUUGCCUUUGGUAGCAUCUGAGACGGAUCGCAGUUUUGGGGACUUUACUCAGUUGUGGAUGAAAGUCAAUUAUCUCCUAGAAUGGCUCUUGGAUAUUCACUUUGAACGUUUACAAGAGCUGGAAAUUAUUUCUCACAGAAUCAAAGAUAAGUUUUCUACACGAUGUCGAACUGCUGAUGAGUUGCGGUCUAGGCUAUACCAGAAGUUUAUUCGUCAAUCUCUUGAGAGUGGUGACCCUGGACUAAGUGCCGAGCUGAAGAUAUGUAAUCCCAGUGCAAAUUUCGUCGACAUUCAUUACAAUCGAUUCGGCGGUACGCUAUAG